CCUCUGAGAUGUUUUAGACUCCGGGUGACACUCUCUGCAGCACAUGAGGUUAACAAUGACACCACCCUCAGCGACUGGGUAGCCAGCGACCAGACAAUGUCCCGGAGCGAGAGGCAAAGGUCAACUCUCUCUCUCGUACAGGCGAUGAGCAGCAUGUAGCUCUUUAACUAGCUUGUCCCCAGUGUCAGUCUUCCCGGGCAUGGACAGACCCAGAGGAGUUGAAGUUUCCAACCCAGACAGAUAGAUUUUCUACGUUUGUUUAGUUCUUUUUGUGUGAGAGGAGGAGUUUUGGCCGUGAAAACAAGUCCUCACAUGCUGAUUUGACUCGACAAAAACAAACCACCCUCUGCAUCACAGUGUGGUCCACCAGCCGGCUGAUAUAAUGGCUGCAGGGGACGCAGCACAGAGUGGGGACAGAUCGGACGCAGAGAAAGAGAUGGACCUGAACGUGCAGGAGCCUGAGGCGGCUGAUGGACACCCAGACGGAGAUGUGGAGAAAGUCGUCUCUCCCUCCGAGGCGCCCACAGAGGAAACCCAGGACCCCAGACAGUGGAAGUGGGCCGUGAUGUUUCUGUGCUUCUACGGUUUUAUGUCAUCGAUUCGGCCGGGGGAGGCUUUCAUCACCCCCUACCUGCUCAGCUCCGAGAAGAACUUCACCAUGAAACAGGUGACCAAUGAGAUCACCCCCGUGCUGACCUACUCCUACAUGGCGGUGCUGGUGCCGGCCUUCCUCCUGACGGAUCUCCUGCGCUACAAGCCGGUCCUGGUCAUCCAGGGCAUCAGUCAGGUGGUCAUCUGGCUCAUUCUGCUCCUCGGCUCCAGCCUCCUUGAGAUGCAGCUCAUGGAGUUCUUCUACGGCAUCACGAUGGCGUGCCGCGUGGCCUACUCCUCCUACAUCUUCUCCCUGGUCAGCCCGGUCCUCUACCAGCGAGUGGCCGGAUACUCGCGCUCGGCGAUCCUCUUAGGGGUGUUCACCAGCUCCGUGCUCGGCCAGCUCUGCUUGUCUCUGGGCAACAUCAGCUUCUACACCCUCAACGCCAUAUCCCUGGGUUUCGUCAGCUUCGGCCUCCUCCUGUCAAUGUGCCUGCCGUGGCCGAAACGCUCCCUGUUCUUCAACCAACAGCGGAACAAGGAGCAAAAGGAACUGGCUGCGUCGGCUGUCACCAAAUCGGAACUGGACCAAAUGAAGCCUAAAGAGAGCGAGUCCUCCUCUGCAGCGCCCGCCUGCUCCGCGUCGCGCUGGAAGGAUUUGGUCCUGGUGCAGAUGCUGUUGGAGGUGAGAAACGUGGUCAGGAAGCCGAACCUGAGGCUGUGGUCCCUGUGGUGGGUGUUCAACUCCACAGGGUACUACCUGGUGUUGUUCUACGUCCACAUCCUGUGGAACAAGGUCUACCCCGCCACUGAGAACAACAAAGUUUACAACGGGGGAGUGGAGGCAGCUUCUACAUUACUGAGUGCAGUGACGUCCUUCGCGGCGGGAUACGUGAAGAUCCGAUGGAACGUGUGGUCGGAGCUGGUCAUCGCCGUCAUCACAGCCGUGCAGGCGGGUCUGCUGCUGCUCAUGGGCACCACAGACAACAUCUGGGUGUGCUACGCUUCUUACGUCCUCUUCAGGGGCUUCUAUCAGUUCCUGGUGCCUAUUGCCACAUACCAGAUAGCCUCAUCUCUCACCAAGGAGCUGUGUGCACUGGUGUUUGGCAUCAACACCUUCCUGGGGACUUUACUGAAGAGCAUCAUCAUCCUCAUAUUCGCUGACAAGAGGGGCCUGGCACUGGAAGUGCAUGAACAGUUCCUGGUGUUCUUUAUUUACUUCGUCAUUAUCACCAUCGUCUACUUUGUCUGCGCUGCUGUGGUCAUCAUCCGUCACUAUAGAAACCAGCCCAGGGAAGGAGGCGUGGCCAACGGUCCGGCCACACCCACAGAGCUCAGUCCCAUGGGAGUGAGUUCAGAGGCAGAACCUUUUUCUAACGGCAAAAGUGCCCAAGCCUAACGUCGAGAAGAACGUAGCUCAGCUGCUUUCAGAGGUGCACCCACAGUUUUUCCCGUGAAUUUUUCAAGAGGUGCUGCUCUCGACAUUUUCCGAAACUUUUCCUGCCUCGAGUAAAAGUCUGGAGUGAGCCCAAUGUGAGAGUGGAGCAGGAAAAUCUGCAGAAAUUUCAUAGCGAGCGAGUGGAAGUGUUGAUGUCAUUUCUAACAAAUCGUCGGUACAAAUACCUCAGGAUGAAAAAGAAGAUGUCAACUUGGGAAUACAACGAGAUUCCAGAGCUUUUGGUGGUUAGAGCCGACGUGUUGUCAAUAUAAACACGUGAUCGCCACAGGAGAGUUCAAACAUCAUGUCCUGUCUCGUACGUGCUCUACCCUGC